AGUUUUUGUUAUAAAUUAACUUAUGUCACUGCUUCUAAUGGAUUUUGGGACUUAAGAAUUUUUGAAUUAAUUAAUAAAAACAGUCAAACUAAAAAACUAUUAAAAUAUUUUUCGUUGAUUUUCAUAUUAGGAUUUAUUUUUAAUAAGCUUUGAAUAUCUACAAAAUAUUAUAAUUUCAUUUUUCGGUGCCCUUCAAUAUCCAGUUAAUAAACGACAAACUAACAUUGGCUCAGGCCAUCCAAGCAGCCUUUUCUCUUUAUCCCCCACACAACCUGAUGAAUGGGAAGUAGAUAGAGAACAAAUUGUAAUGAAGAAGAAGCUUGGAAUGGGACAAUACGGGGAUGUUUAUGAAGCUUUAUGGUUACCUUUUAAUCGAACUGUUGCGGUUAAAUCUUUAAAGGAAGACCAAAUGGCAUUACCAGACUUUUUAGCCGAAGCAGCAAUAUUGAAGGAAUUACAUCAUGAAAAUUUAGUUGAAUUACUUGGAGUUUGCACUAGAGAAGCUCCCUAUUUUAUUAUUUGUGAUUUUAUGUCACGCGGAAAUCUUUUAGAUUUUCUUCGGCAAAGUGAAAAGGAAGAUCUUCCUUGUGAGAAACUUUUGCAUAUGUCAACACAAGUAGCUGCUGGAAUGGCUUAUUUAGAAUCUAGAAAUUUUAUUCAUAGAGAUUUGGCUGCUAGAAAUUGCCUAAUAAAUGAUGAUUUUGUUGUCAAAGUUGCCGACUUUGGUCUUGCUAGGUUUAUGACUGAUGAUACCUAUACAGCACAUGCUGGGGCUAAAUUCCCGAUAAAAUGGACAGCGCCAGAAGGAUUGGCAUAUAACACUUUUAGUACAAAAUCUGAUGUUUGGGCAUUUGGCGUUCUUCUAUGGGAGAUUUUUAGUUAUGGAAUGGCACCUUAUCCAGGCGUUGAAUUAGGGAGUGUUAUUGGCCUUCUUGAAAAAAAUUUUCGUUUGGAACGACCAACUGAUUGCCCAGAUUCCGUUCAUCGUUUAAUGCUUCAAUGUUGGCAAUGGUCCCCUUCAGAUAGACCCCGUUUUCAUAAUUUACAUAAAAGCCUUUAUUCUCUUUUGCAAUCUGAAAAAGGCGAAACUACACCUAUUGCUGAAAAUACUAAUUUAAUUUUCUCGCCAGAGAGAGGUGAAGAAUUGGAUAUCCCUUGUCAUUCAUCCUCUUCUUUUUGCCCUUCUCUACAAACAACCUCUUCAUUACAAGCAACAAAUCAACAACUUGCUUUUGUAGCUGCUUCAGUUGCUAAAAAGAGAGAAGCAAAACAACGUGAAAUGGCGGGGGCAUGUUCAUCAGAUCAGGCUAAAAUUUCUGACCCUCUUGGCAUCAUAUCUCCUCGUAUACCUAGUACUUCAAUUCCAUCAAGUAGUGCAGCCUCUCAUGCCCAUCAUCUUUUGCGAGACAGAACAGUAUCUAUGGGCUGCCGUGCCUCGCAACAAAGACAAGCACGUUCCUCAUCUCCAGAACCCCCACCACCACCUCCACGUCCUGAUCGAAGAAAAAGGCCUUCUAUGGGGGCACAAUUAGAACGGACAAGUUUCUCCACCUUUCGGCCAUCGGAACCUGCUCAGAUGGUUGGAGGUCCUUCCCCAACAAUAUUUCAUCAUUCUCCAAAUAUUAUUCAACUAACUACCGAACCCCCACAAUCUUUAUCAUCCAAAACAUUUGCCAAACCAUCAAUGCCUUCAAAUAAAAAUCAAAAAUUAUUUGCUAGACUUCCAACAGUUCAAUUCGUUCAAAAGGAAGAAGGGCCUAGAUCUGGCAAAAAUUUAACAAAAUUGAAUUUAAGUGGAACUGGGACAUUGCCUAGAGGGUUUUCUUUGGAUACAACAGUUAAAAGAAGCGGGUCUGAAUUGAAAUUUCCUGAGCCUUUCGAAAAGAAUGAAGAAAAGAAUGGACAAGAAAAGGAAGACGAUAAAUUAAAAAAGCCAUUAAAGGAAGAGAAAGAGGAAGAUAAUAAUCAGACUUCUAAGCUUCCUCUACAACACUUAAAAAUGAGAUUGAAGAAAACUACAUCAGAGACUAGUGCUGUUCAAUCAACAUCUAAUAAUCAACAGACAGACGAACCGAAUAGUUCUAGAUUGGUUAGACCAGAACCUAAACCAAGGCGUUCAGUAGAUCCAGCAGCUGAAUCUUGUUUAAAGAGUAAUCAAAAAUCAAAAUUCGAAAGUUCGAAUGCAACUACUUCUGGUUCUUCACUUCAAAAUAUUGAUGAAGUAAAGGAAGAUAACGAACUUCAUGCAAAAAUUAAACAAUUGCGCCAUGUACAGAGAGUUACUGCGGAAGAGGAGGAUGAUACACCGGAAGGAAUUGAGGGAAAUUUAGCUGAACAAAGCGAAGAACUAGGGGAAAGUAAUUUGGAUACAAAAAUUGCUAGAAUAAAAAUUGAAAAUGAAAGUCAAAAAAUCAACGAAAUUUCAAAACAACAACAAAUCCAACAACAAAGCAACAAAAAAAUUAACACCGAACCACCUCCCAAAAUGCGUCAUUUAGUCACUCAAAAAGUAACCCCCCUUCAACAUCACCGUCCUUUCUCAAUGCAAGCAAUAUCUGAAGGAGUUCAAGAGACUAAGAAAGAAGAGGAUAAUUCUAGUAAACUUGAAGGAGUUUAUUUAACUUCUUCUGUUACUUUUAAUCGUCCUCAAAAACUCGAAAUUAGCGAUAAUUUGAAUGCAACGGAUGAGAAAACAGCAGAAUUAACUACCGAAACAAAUAAAGUUGAAGUUUCAAAAACUUCUUUAAACACCAAAAAAGACGAAAAAGAUUAUUCAGUCGCUUCUCCUGUUAAAUUCCGUCCAUUUUCUACACUUCAAAGGCCUGAAAAACCAAAUGAUGAUAAAAUAUCCCAAGCCUGUGUCAAACCCAAAUGUGUUACUGUUGCCCAACCAAAACUGCCAUCACCUGAAAGAGAUAUUCAACAAAUACCGGCAAUUAGGCGUUCAGAUCCUUCAAUGCCCUCUGAAGAUAAUCAAUUAACACCUCAAUCUGAACGCAAUUCUGCUUCUUCAACAAUUCAAAGGCAUUUAAAUAUAUUUUUGGGUGAUAAUGAAAACUCUCCUAGACUUCCCAGAGAAUCUUCUCCCUCUCUUUUAUCAUCAAAAGAACAUCAUCAAGUUCCUGUACCCGAAGAUAAUGGACAACAACAGCAAACACCUCCCGUUAGCAAGGAUUAUCUUAAUGAAUUACACAGACAAUUAAAUGUAUUUAUGCAAGAAGUUAAUCGAAAACCAACAGCUGGAACAGUAGCAUUUCUUAUCAGAGCUAUUGGGCAACAACAGCCAAAAGAAGGGGAAGGUGGCGGUGCUGAUCACUUAAUUCGUAUUAGUGAUUUAUUACAACAAUUUCAUCACACAUGCACAAUUUAUGCAGAAAAUAUUUCUCCACAUUCCAAAUUUAAAUUUAGAGAAUUAUUAAGCCGAAUGGAGGCAGGUAUUCGGCAGCUAAGAACUUUUAUUUCAACACCAUCUACCUCCCCUUCCAUUAAUAAAUCUAUUGGAAAUCGCCAAACAUCGACAAAUAUCCCACCUUCACAAACACCCACAACAUCUCCCCCAAGCGACCGUCAAGUCCUUGCUGAUAUGGAAAUGCUUGUUAGACAAGUAAUGCAAUUAGUUAAUAGAUGA